AUGCUAAAAUACAAACUUGCAAAUGUAAGUAAACUAGGUGCCCAAAUAAAUGUUACAAUCGAUGUUGAUCGAUAUAUAUUCGAUUAUCCAUGUAGUAGUAGCUCUGAUUGUACAGAUUAUGAAGUUACAUUUCCACCUGGUCUUUACAAAUUCGAACUGUAUGGUUCAUCAGGUGGCAGCAAAAAUGGUAUCACAUCAUAUCGAUUUCCAAAUGGCAACUGUAUUUCAGCAGAUAUCGUUAAUCAAUUUCACGGAAAUACACAAUGUCGAAGUGAAUCGAGUGUUGGUGGUUCAGGAGGUUACAUUUCAGGUAUUAUCCUUUUAAGGAAAUCUACGCCCUCGUAUGUAACCAUUGGGGGCAAAGGAAGUAUUAAUAAAGAUGCUACAUGUGCAAAUGAAAUAAGUUGUUUCGAAAGAAGUCUUUAUUCUCAGGGAGGAUAUGGUGGAGGCGGCAGUACGCCAUCACAUCCUACCGCUGGUUCUGGAGGUGGCCAAACUGCUGUGAAGUUCAUAGAAAAUGAUUUGUGGCAUCGAGUAAUUGUCGCUGGUUCUGGAGGCGGUGCUGAUAACAAUUAUGGAGAUUUUAGGGGCUAUGAUGAUGGCUCAGGAGGUUCAGGAGGCGGCUUGAUUGCACAAGGAUGGUUUGAGAAUGGUGUUUAUAAGAAUGAUUAUUUAGCAAAUUCUACUUUUGGAUUUAGUUUUGGAUAUGGAGAAGCUGCUCAGUUAUUUGGCUCAAAGAAUGACAAUGGUGUUCAUAAGUACUCACUAUUUAGUGACAAAUCAGGCUCCGGAAGUGGAUGGUUUGAAGGUUUUGCAAGUCAUGAUCCAGACUCUGGCUCUGGAGGAGGUUCUUCAUGGGCUUUAUCUAAAGAUGCAUUCAUUCCUCCAGGAAAAAUUAACGCAACAGACGAUUUUUUCACCUCUAUUGGGAGUCGAGAAUAUGAAUUUUCAAAAGCCGAUUUUUUAUUUACUAAUGUUAUUCAUCAAGCUGGCAUAUGGGAAGGUAACGGUCGAGUAAUAAUCACAGUCCUUCAAUAUGAAAAAUGUCCAACAAUUAAUUACUUAUUUAAUCUUAAUUUGUUGCAUGCUAAGAUCAGUCAUAAUGUAAACCUCUCAAUUUUAUUGUCGUGGGAAGUAUCUCAAUUCCUUCAAAAAAAUUGA